AUGCCCUUCAACACCUCUUCAGGGCCUCAGGGUUCCCUUCAGAUUAUACAUUACCACGGUCCCCCGACGCCAAAACGAUCCGCUCAACAACCUCGUUCUAAGAUCCAUUCUGAGCGUCAGAACAAAGAGAGCCUUACAACCACGUUGGAUGAAGUCGAAUCUGUUGAUCUAGCACUUUUAUCCGAGGAUGAAGGAAACUGUAGUAUUAGUGGUAUUGGAGGAGGACGCGGCGACUUCAGCCAAGACGAAGGGGUCCCAAUGCUGAGCUCUCGAGAAGACGCGGAGAAUGAGGCUUCAGGUCAGCCUGCGCCAUCUGAAGGCUGCGGCCAAGGCACGAUCGACGCACUUAGCUCAGAGUCGAUGGAUGGAGCAAAAAUUCCAGCUAGUGACGCUCCGUAUUUGCGAUCCCCAUCGACGCCGCCAACUAGCCCUGCGAAUAUGAAUAUCGAACAGUCAAUUCAAGAGCGCCUGACCGAUAAGAAGGGGGAGGGGGAAGUAAGACUGCGUAUUAUUAGACGUGCGAGCAGCGGUAACAGCAGUGGAAGCGAUGCCAAUGAUAAGAUCUACGAGGGCAAAAGCGCAGCAUUCCUAACCAGGAAGCGGAAACGUCCUGCACCAGUCGGCGAUAAGUCAGAAGCGACAAAGUCGAGCACUAACACUGAAGCGGAGGACCACUCUCGACCAACACACUACAAGGCAGCGAAAGCGGUCUCCGCCUCAGAAGAAGGAACACCAUCCAGCAAGUAUGAUGGAAAGCAACCGAAGUCGGCGGGAAUCGAUACAGGCGGCGGUCCAAAUGCUAAGAAUCCAUCUUUCACUCCUGAUCCGCCACAUGCAACUGGGAAAACAAGAUCUUCUGCCAAGAGUGUGCCACAGGUCCAGUGGCGUCUAUCAGGCUUCCCACUCCUCCAGGUAUCGGCCGACGAAUCUUUUUUGACAGCGCUCUUCCGUACUUGUGGCGGCCCGUGCAUACUUUCUUCUAGCUAUGCAGCCGAGUUCUUAGAGAAUGUCGGCUAUACAACGAAGCUUGAUGCUACAAUCGAGCCCCUCACACCAGAUGCGUGGUAUCUAACUAGUCUCGUGGAUCACCUCCCUGGAUCUGGACGCGGGACAUGCCAGCUAGUGUCUGCUCUGCCGAGCGUGCAACCAAACAGGGUAGAUAAUACAUCUCUACCAGACAACGGCCGGCCUCACGGCGAUGUCGGCGACGAAACCCAGAGCCGCGAUUAUGACAGCAGCAGCGAUGAGGGCGACGAGUGUUCAAGCGAUGUCAUGUAUGAGCACAUGAGCUCUGGGAAAAAGAUUCGCUGGUCAGAAGAGGACGACAACCGGUUGCGCAGAUGGAAAGAGGCAGGCAAGCCUUGGGGCUGGAUCUGUCGUCAAUUCUCGAACAGAUCUCCAGGUGCCGUGCAAGUACGCUGGCACACGAAGUUGCGUGCGAAAGCUUAGCAAUAUUAGCAAAGUCUUACUACC